CGAAAACUUAGGUUAAGUUCCAACACAGAUGAUUUUGUAAAUAUGGUAAACAUCUUCCUUCAAACAUGAUUGAAUCGUGUCCCAAAAGGCGUAUGCUUCUAGGAAUCACAGCUUUAGGGGUGUUAACAGUUGUCGUUUUAAUAUGGGAAUCGCAUUGGACUGACACAACUACUCAUAUUAGAAGGAAGAGUUUCAUUGUUGAACAGAACUCGACGUGUUUCGAAAAAGAGAGUUACGAGGUUAUUAAGGAUUGCGAGCCUUGUUCAGCUUUCGAAAUAGCAAGCAAGAGCAUAGGAGUGUGCAUACAUACGCAUUUUAAAGAAGUACUGAAGUGUGCAAAUGGUGAAACAGUUACCAGGAGUUGUGAUCGAGCAGCAUAUUAUGAUGAACAAGCCUUUUGGAGGUUUGAAGGUUUGAUGUUCUUAGCUAGUUUAAUCUCAACAUUCUGUGUUGUUGCUCGGAAAAAGGUGUUAAAUAAAAGAAUGUUACAAAGAGUGCAAAGACAAAUAGCAAACAGUGUAUAA